UGGUGAAGUGUGUGUUGGUGGCCAGCCCUGGAUUUGUCAGAGACCAAUUCUCUGAUUAUCUUUUCCAACAAGCCGUCAAACUGGACAUUAAACUACUGUUGGAGAACAGAUCCAAGUUCCUGCUUGUUCAUUCCUCCUCUGGACACAAGUACGCUCUCAAAGAAGUUUUACUUGAUCCAGUCGUUACAGGCCGACUUGCGGACACCAAGGCCGCUGGAGAGGUUAAAGCUUUGGAGGAAUUCUAUAAGAUGCUGCAACACGAACCAGAUCGAGCUUUUUAUGGCAUUAAUCAUGUAGAGAAAGCCAACGAAGCUUUGGCGAUAGAGACUUUAUUGAUGUGCGACGAGUUAUUCAGGAGUCAGGACAUUGCUAAGCGAUCUCGUUAUGUGAGACUAGUUGACAGUGUCCGAGAAAAUGGGGGAAUCGUCAGGAUUUUUUCCAGUCUCCAUGUAUCGGGAGAACAGUUGGCUCAGUUGUCUGGUGUGGCCUCUAUCCUGCGGUUCCCGGUGGCUGAUUUGUCCGACCAGGAAGAAGAUUCCGGCUCAGACAGCGAUUAACGGGGGAAACGGAAUCCCAUCGCACCGCCCCCUCAGGGUGUGAGGCUGAUCAAUUGUAUUGAUUGGCUGAUUGAUUGAUUGAUUGAUUGAUUGAGUUGAUUGGCUGAUCGAUCGAUCAUGUUGAUUGGCUGAAUGAUUGGUUGUGGUGAUUGGCUGAUCCAUUGAGUUGAUUGGCUGAUUGAUUGAUUGUGGUGAUUGGCUGAUUGAUCGGUCGAUCGUGUUGAUCGGCUGAUCAAUCGCUGCUCAUGCGCUCGACGUUAACAAUAAACUCAAACACUGAGGUUUA